GGCGCUCGUGACCAGCGACUUCCGGCGUGGAGAGGCGGGGCUGUGCGUGGCUGAGCCAGCAGCUGGACUGUGAGGAGGGUGCCCGAGGGCCCGCUGGGCGCUGGCCGCCAUGGAGGCCGUGCCCCGCAUGCCCAUGAUCUGGCUGGACCUGAAGGAGGCCGGUGACUUCAGUUUCCAGGCAGCCGUGAAGAAGUUUGUCCUGAAGAAUUUUGGAGAGAACCCAGAAGCCUACAAUGAGGAAUUGAAGAAGUUGGAGUUGCUCAGACAGAAUGCCAUCCGUGUCCCCCGGGACUUUGAGGGCUGCAGUGUUCUCCGAAAGUACCUUGGCCAGCUGCACUAUCUGCAGAGCCGCGUUCCUAUGGGCUCAGGGCAGGAGGCUGCAGUCCCUGUCACCUGGACUGAGAUCUUCUCGGGCAAGUCUGUGGCCCAUGAGGACAUCAAGUAUGAGCAGGCCUGUAUCCUGUACAACCUCGGCGCACUGCACUCCAUGCUGGGGGCCGUGGACAAGCGGGUAUCAGAGGAGGGCAUGAAGGUCUCCUGCACCCACUUCCAGUGCGCAGCGGGUGCCUUUGCCUACCUGCGGGAACACUUCCCGCAGGCCUACAGUGUGGACAUGAGCCGCCAGAUCCUUACCCUCAACGUCAAUCUCAUGCUGGGCCAGGCGCAGGAGUGCCUGCUGGAGAAGUCAAUGCUAGACAACAGAAAGAGUUUCCUGGUGGCCCGCAUCAGUGCACAGGUGGUAGACUACUACAAGGAGGCAUGCCGAGCCCUGGAGAACCCAGCCACUGCCUCACUGCUGGGCCGCAUCCAGAAGGACUGGAAGAAGUUGGUGCAGAUGAAAAUCUACUACUUUGCAGCAGUGGCUCAUCUACACAUGGGAAAGCAGGCCGAAGAACAGCAGAAGUUUGGGGAGCGGGUGGCCUACUUCCAGAGUGCCCUUGACAAGCUUAAUGAAGCCAUCAAGUUGGCCAAGGGCCAGCCCGACACUGUGCAGGAUGCACUUCGCUUCACAAUGGAUGUCAUCGGGGGAAAGUACAAUUCUGCUAAGAAGGACAACGACUUCAUCUACCAUGAGGCUGUGCCAGCUCUGGAUACACUGCAGCCUGUGAAAGGUGCUCCCUUGGUGAAGCCCUUGCCUGUAAACCCCACGGAUCCGGCUGUCACGGGCCCUGACAUCUUCGCCAAACUGGUACCCAUGGCUGCCCAUGAGGCCUCAUCACUGUACAGUGAGGAGAAGGCCAAGCUGCUUCGGGAGGUGAUGGCCAAGAUUGAGGACAAGAAUGAGGUCCUGGACCAGUUCAUGGAUUCGAUGCAGCUGGAUCCUGAGACAGUAGACAACCUGGACACGUACAGCCAUAUCCCACCCCAGCUCAUGGAGAAGUGCGCAGCACUUAGCGUGCGGCCCGACACAGUCAGGAACCUUGUUCAAUCCAUGCAGGUGCUGUCGGGUGUGUUCACCGAUGUGGAGGCCUCCCUGAAGGACAUCAGGACCCUGCUGGAGGAGGAUGAGCUGCAAGAGCAGAAGCUGCAGGAGGCCACGGGUCAGACUGGGGCCAGCCUGGCCACUGCCAAGGCCGAACUGGCAGAGGUGAGGAAGGAGUGGACCAAGUACAUGGAGGUGCAUGAAAAGGCAUCCUUCACCAACAGUGAGCUGCACCGUGCCAUGAACCUGCAUGUGGGCAACCUGCGCCUGCUCAGUGGGCCGCUAGACCAGGUUCGGGCUGCCCUGCCCACGCCAGCCCUGACACCAGAGGACAAGGCUGUGCUGCAGAACCUGAAGCGCAUCCUGGCAAAGGUGCAGGAGAUGCGGGACCAGCGUGUGUCCCUGGAGCAGCAGCUGCGCGAGCUGAUCCAGAAGGAUGACAUCACUGCCUCCCUGGUGACCACUGACCACUCAGAGAUGAAGAAGCUGUUUGAGGAGCAGCUAAAGAAGUAUGACCAGCUGCGGGUGUACCUAGAGCAGAACCUGGCUGCCCAGGACAACGUGCUCCGGGCACUCACUGAUGCCAAUGUGCAGUAUGCGGCUGUGCGGCGGGUGCUGAGCGACCUGGACCAGAAGUGGAACUCCACGCUGCAGACUCUGGUGGCCUCAUACGAAGCCUAUGAGGACCUGAUGAAGAAGUCCCAGGAGGGCAAGGAUUUCUAUGCAGACCUGGAGAGCAAGGUGGCCGCCCUGCUGGAACGGGCUCAGUCUGCUUGCCAGGCACGAGAGGCUGCCCGCCAGCAGCUCCUGGACCGAGAGUUGAAGAAGAAGCCGCCCCCACGGCCCACUGCCCCGAAGCCACUGCUGUCCCGCAGGGAGGAGAGCGAGGCCUCAGAGACGGGUGACCUGCCUGAGGAGCUGCGGAGCCUGCCCCCUGAUGUGGUGGCGGGUCCACGGCUGCCUGAUGCCUUCCUGGGAGCCACUCCCCCACUGCAUUUCACACCUGGACCCUUCUCCAGCCCCACUGUCCCAGGCCCCCACUAUGUCCCCGGUACACUCCCCCCUGGCACCUAUUCAGGCUCCAGCCAGCUGCUGCAGGCCAGGCCCUCAGGGCCCCCUGCUGUGCCUGUGGUGCCCUCACCUGUCCUCUAUCCAGCCCCCACCUACACCCCAGAGUUGGGGAUUGUACCCCGCUCCUCCCCACAGCACGGCAUGGGGAGCAGCCCCUAUGGAGCAGUGGGGGUUCCCCAUGCUGCUGCGGGCCUGCCCUCUGCCCCUCCUCCACAGUUUUCAGGCCCUGAGCUGGCUGGAACGGUUCGGCCGGCCACCACCACUGUGGACAGCGUCCAAGCCCCCAUCUCCAGCCACUUGGCACUUCGGCCCAGCCCUGGCAGCACUCCUCAGCCCUGCUUUCCCUCACAACCUCCCCAGCCUGUGCCCUACACAUACCCAGUUGGGACCAAACAGCCCCUCCCAGCAUCGCCAGCUCAGCACUCCUUUUCUCCUGGAGUGCCCACAGGGUUUCUCCCACCACCCGGUACUGGCAUUGGCCCCCAGCCACAUCCUUCCAGGGCAGCGUUUGGGCCUCUGCCCCCCCAGCAGCCCCUUCCCUUUCAGCACCCACACGUUUUCCCACCCCAGGCCCCAGGAGUUCUCCCCUCGCAGCCCCCAUACCCCUACCCACCCAGGCCCAGUGUCCUCCCACAGCCCCCCACAGCAUUGCGCGCUCCGCUCUACCCAGGCCCUGCCCCAGAGGCCAUGCAGCCCCGGGUGGGGGCUUUGCCCUUUGCCAGUUCAGGGCCCCCCCAACCUCCCCACCCAUCCCUGGCUUAUGGGCCUGGGCCGUCUCCCAGGCCCCUGGGCGUCCAGGCGCCCCCAGUCCCCAUGCAUGGCCCUCCCCCUGCUGGCCAGCUCAGCCCCAACCCCCACCUGGUGCCUUCACCCGCACCGUCUCCAGGUCCGGGCCCGGCUCCCCCUCGGCCCCCCCCAACAGAUCCGCCUGCAUGCCCACGCCGGGGCAUGGCUGCUGCAGACCUGCUGUCGUCUAGCCCCGAGAGCCAGCACGGGGGCGUACAACCUCCCGGAGGUGGGCAGCCCCUGCUGCAGCCGACCAAGGUGGACGCGGCCGAGGGCCGCCGCCCACAGGCUCUUCGGCUAAUAGAGCGGGAUCCCUACGAGCACCCUGAGAGGCUUGGGCGGUUGCAGCAAGAGCUGGAAGCCUUCCGGGGUCAGCUAGGGGAUGCGGGGACGCUGGAUGCAGUCUGGCGGGAACUGCAGGAGGCACAGGAACAGGAUGCCCGAGGCCGCUCCAUCGCUAUUGCCCGCUGCUACUCUCUGAAGAAUCGGCACCAGGAUGUCAUGCCCUAUGACAGCAACCGUGUGGUACUGCGCUCGGGCAAGGACGACUACAUAAAUGCCAGCUGUGUGGAGGGGUUGUCACCGUACUGCCCACCCUUGGUGGCCACCCAGGCUCCGCUUCCCGGCACAGCUGCUGACUUCUGGCUCAUGGUCCAUGAACAGAAAGUGUCUGUGAUCGUCAUGCUGGUGUCAGAGACCGAGAUGGAAAAGCAAAAGGUGGCACGCUACUUUCCCACGGAGCGCAGCCAGCCUAUGGUGCAUGGAGCCCUGAGCGUGGCGCUGAGCAGUGUGCGUGCUACGGAGACCCACGUGGAACGUGUGCUGAGCCUGCAGUUCCGUGACCAGAGCCUGAAGCGCUCCCUCGUGCACCUGCACUUCCCCACCUGGCCGGAACUAGGCCUGCCAGACAGCCCCGGCAAUCUGCUCCGCUUCAUCCAGGAGGUACACACGCAUUACCUGCACCAGCGGCCCCUGCACACGCCCAUUGUCGUGCACUGCAGCUCUGGUGUGGGCCGCACAGGAGCCUUUGCGCUGCUUUACGCGGCAGUGCAGGAGGUGGAGGCAGGGAACGGCAUCCCCGCGCUGCCCCAGCUGGUGCGCCGCAUGCGGCAGCAGAGGAAACACAUGCUGCAGGAGAAGCUGCACCUCAAGUUCUGCCAUGAGGCAGUGGUGCGGCAUGUGGAGCAGGUCCUGCAGCGCCACGGCGUGCCUCCGCCCUGCAAGCCCCUGGCCAGUGUUGGCACUGGCACCAACCAGAAGAGCCAGCUGCCCCAGGACUCCCAGGAUCUGGUCCUUGGCGGGGAUGUGCCCAUCAGCUCCAUCCAGGCCACCAUUGCCAAACUGAGCAUCCGGCCUGCUGCGGGCAUGGACUCUCCAGCCACCAUGCAGGCAGACACCGCAGAGAGCCUGGGCCUGGCACCUGCGAGCCUCCCUGAGCCUACGUCUGCCCCUUCUUCCCCACCACCGCUCUCGCCCCUGCCUGAGGCCCCCCAGCCAGAGGAACACCAACCUGCGCCUGAACCCCCGAGUGCGGGCCCCCCAUCCUCCUCCCUGGAGCUGCUGGCUUCCCUGACCCCUGAGGCCUUCUCCCUGGACAGUUCUCUGCGUGGGAAGCAGCGCAUGAGCAAGCAGAGCUUCCUGCAGGCACACAGCGGGCAGGGCCUGCGCUCCGCCCGGGCCCCCGAUGACCCCCUCAGUCUUCUGGAUCCACUCUGGACCCUCAACAAGACCUGAGCUGCCUCUGCUGUGCCCACAGCCCUGCGCGGCCCAACACAGCGGCCUGGGCUCAGGCUUUGCCCCUCAGUGGGACCUGGUGUUUUUCAGCUCGUUACUGAAAUAAACCAACCCAUUCUGUGGCCA